CGUCGAACUUGUGCUGUUUCAUGGAUCAACAUGCACCAGUGAGCGUCGCACAGCCGCCAUCAGUGCCAUCACCGCCGCCCGACCCGCGAACGACCAAACAGGAUGCCAUCAAACAGCUGGCGGAGGCCGGCAGUGGCGAUGGCUCUGUCUGGUCGCAGCUGCUGAGUAACCCCUUCUUCACUGCAGGAUUUGGUCUGGCCGGGCUGGGAGCUGCAAUGCGAUAUGGCGCACAGGGUCUGAGGAGAGCUGGCGAUCUGCUGCGGCAUCGAAUGCUGGUAGAUCUGGAGAUCACCAGACAUGACAAGUCGUAUCCGUGGGUCCUGGACUGGAUGACCACCCAUUAUCAGAGUCAACUUGCUCCUCCAGGAUCUCGCAAGCAAGUUGGUGCGCUGGAGGCCAUCAUCCGUCGCUUCACCCCAGGUCUGCAUCAUCUUCAGAUCAACACUGAAGUCGUCAAGACUGCGGGUGGGUCGGUACAGACAGCUUUCGCUUUAGUUCCCGGCCACGGGCGUCAUAUUCUGCGCUACAAGAAUGCCUUCAUUGCUGUCAACAGAGAGCGUGUUGGAAGAAGCUUCGACAAUACUGGCCAGCCUUUCGAGACUGUCAAGCUCACAACUCUCUACGCCUACCGCCAUGUCUUCGAAGACAUUUUCCGUGAAGCGCAAGCCAUGGCCAUGCAAAGGACUGAAGGCAAGACUGUGGUCUAUACCACCCGCAACAUGGGCUGGGAAGAAUCCGGACAGCCAAAGCGUCGGAGACCAUUCGAUUCCGUUGUGCUGGAAGAAGGUCUAUCUGAACGCAUACUGCAUGAUGUACAGGAUUUUCUCAACGCUCGAACCUGGUACCUUGAUCGUGGCAUCCCGUAUCGUCGAGGAUAUCUGCUUUACGGACCACCAGGUACAGGCAAGACAUCCUUCGUGCAAGCACUUGCUGGCGAGCUGGAUUUCAACAUUGCAAUGCUCAGCUUGAGUCAGCGCGGUCUGACGGACGACAAACUGAACCACCUUCUUUUGAAUCUGCCUGCGCGUACCCUCGUUCUACUAGAAGACGCAGACGCAGCUUUUGCCAAUCGCCGCCAGGUAGAUGGCGACGGGUAUGCCGGCGCCAAUGUAACAUACUCCGGCUUACUGAAUGCACUUGACGGUGUGGCUAGCGCUGAAGAGCGCAUCAUCUUGAUGACCACGAAUCACAUAGACCGACUGGACGAUGCCCUCAUUCGGCCAGGCAGAGUUGACAUGACGCUGUACCUCGGAAACGCUACAGAAUGGCAGAUGGCAAAGCUUUGGGAUCGCUUCUACGCCGAUAAGGAUCCCAGUGGCGAAGGCAGAGAUCGAUUCGUGCAGAAAGCGAAAGAACUGGACUUGGUCGGCAAUGUUAGCACUGCUGCAUUGCAAGGCCUGUUCUUGUACAACAAAGACGACGUGGAAGGAGCGAUUGCCCUUGUUGGUCAGCUUGCAGCACUUCGGCCUAGUCAGCAAUCUGCAUCUGAUGCUGGCUGAAUACUACCUUCUUCCUAUCACUGAUCCCAAAGUUGAGUUGGACCCACAAGACGCUUGUGCUUGGCCCGAAAGGUCGCCUCCGUCACGCCAAGUUUAGGACCCACGCGGCAGUCUUGGUAGGACUUCAACCUGCAAAUGUCGCGUGCUAUCGCUAGCACGCGGGUGCCAUUUGGCUUCCUGCAAAGCUGCGAUCGGAUGCUGAGGUCUUGAUAUCAGGCUUCGCCUCCUAGCACGCGACAUGAAUGGCCAC